AUGGGAAACGUCCCGAACAAGGGGUUUGUGUACUCAUGCAAUGACUAUCAACUCGCCAUUGAGACGUCCAAGGAACUCGAGUAUAUGCUGGAAAAAGAGUUCAGUGCACAUGGUCAAGGACUGCACGAGAAAGUUUCGUCUGUAGAGGGCACUAUUCCAUUCCCCACAGUUCGCUCAAUCCGCUACGUUGCGACCCUUCGUAACAAACUUAUUCACGAUCGAGAGACGAAGGCGCUGCCCGAUCGUCAGCAAUUUAUCAAGAAAUUUGAUGACGCGAUGGCAGAACUCAACAUUAUCAUCGAGAAGAAACACAUGGACGCACGUGGCGUCAAGGUCCAAAGUGUUCCUGAAUGUGUCAUCUCCUGA